AUGACUGAGUAUUUGUUGACACUUUCAUCAGAUUUCACGACCCUUUUGGAAAAAACAGAUGAUUAUAACGUUUUAAUUGAAAUAGGACAGAAAGAGAAGGCUAAAACAUUUAGAGCACAUUCUAUUAUAUUACGUGCUAGAUCAGAAUACUUUCGUGCUGCUUUAUCAAAUGAUUGGGUAAGAAGAGAAGGCGACAUUAUGAUAUUCAAAAAGCCAAACAUUUCUUGCAACGUUUUUGACGUCAUUCUAAGGUUUAUUUAUAGUGGAACAAUUUAUUUAGAACUACUUGAAGAUUCAGAAAUCUUUGAACUUUUAGAAGCAUCAGAUGAGGAUGAUCUGGGAGUCGAAGAAACCGUAAGCUCAUGCGAAGUACCAAAAAAUAUAGUAAUUCAGGCUCCUAGAAUUUCACAAAGUAAUAUAGAUUCCGAAAUAAUUUUAUCAAAACAUGCUAUAUUAAUUUCAAAUUAUAUCGUUAAAAAAAAUAUUCACUCAUCAAAAUUUGCAUUACCAUUAACUUCAACAUCUUCUCAUUCAUUUAAAAAUGAAAAGGAUAUUACGAACACGUCUCUGGCACAAUUGCAGCAACAACAGUCAUCAGAGAUCAUUUCAAAGAUUAGUCGAGUGAGACCUUAUUUUAUUGAUGGUGCCAUUUUCGAUACGCAACACCAUGGACCAUGUUUUGGUUACGGUGACAUUUGGUUCG